AUGUUUUCGCUUAGGUUUGCGUUCCUUUUACUUAUUGUCUUACAUGCUAAUGGUCGAACUAUUGAUACGUUAAAUUCAACUAAUCUAGAAAACAAUGAUUCUGUUGACAAACUUCCUGUUGUUGAAAAAGGACAAAAUGAAGAAUUAAUAUUAUCAACUGACGCUGAAAAAUCUAAAUUAAUUCAAGAUCAAUCAUCAGAUAUUCAACCAUUACGAUCACCAUGUAUUGGUACUUAUCCAUCAAAAAAAUUUUCAUAUUCAAAGGAUAAAACAAAAUAUAUUCAGUGUCGUGAUGAAUUUCAUUAUGAAAUUUUAUCAUGUUUAAAUGGUGGUGAAUAUAAUGAAGAAACAAAUUCUUGUGAUCUUAUUAUUACAAUGAUUAAUAAGUGUGAAGAAGAAAAACCAUGUUUAAAUGGUGGUCAUUGUAUACCAUUAUUAAAUUCAACAUUUAAAUGUAUUUGUCAUCCAGAUUGGACUGGUGAUAGAUGUGAAAUACCAAUAAAUUCAUGUGUUAAAAAACCUUGUGGACCAAAUGCUCUAUGUCGUAAAUUAAUAACAAUUGAUUAUGAACAAGAUUAUGUUUGUAUUUGUCAUCAAUCUGAAAGUUAUGGUCUUAAUUGUCAAGAAGUUGUACCUAAUCCAUGUUUAACAAGUAAUGAACAAUUUUUUCCAUAUACAUUUAGUCAACGUGCAUAUAUUCAAUGUGAUGGUGACAUUAUUCAUUUUCAACCAUGUAGUUCAUUACUUUUUUGGAAUCAAGAAGAAAAAAUUUGUGAUCGUAAACGAUCAACAAAAGUUAUUGUACCUAAAUUAAAAAAAAAGAAAAUAUCAAAAUCUAAGCAUUAUAAACAAGAAAAGAAAAUUAUAGAAAAUAUUAAUCAAGAAAUAAUUACAACAACAAUACAAACUGAACAAAAAAAGUAA